CAGACCAAAAAGAGAGGAACAAAGAGGCAUCCUUAAGAACACUUAUAUUUCAUUUUGGUUUAAAUUAAUCCAAUUGGAAUAUUUUUGAGAAUCAAAUCCAGCCUCAAUAUGUAACUCACCUAACUGAUGUUUUUUUUUUUAAAUGGCAAACAACAUGGCAGUUAGCUCUAACAGAUUCAUUUCUGGACAUACCAAUAGUGAUGUAUGAGGUGGAGGUCGACGAUGGUGGACCUAGUCCCUCUUUGUCCACAAUCUUAUCUUAGAAAAACAAUAGCUAGAUUGGUCAGCAAUUACGUGAUGAGAGCCAAAAGAAAAAAAACUCAACUUUCUGAGUCAGUGUCUAUAUGCCCUUCUCCCCCCCAUGUUGGUUCUUGUCAAUGAUUCAUUGCUGACUGUAAAGUCUGAAAGCAAGAGCUGAUGUCAUCACCUUCUUCCCUCCCUUUAUAUAUCUCCUCCCUCCUUCAUUCUUCUUCCACCAGCACAAACUCAUCAUCCUCAUCAUCAACAUACAGAAGAAGCAAGCUAAGUUCAGCUCCAAACCAGCAAAAAUGAAGGCAUCAUAUCUGCAGCAGGGACAAGUUAUGGGGCUCCCAAUCACCUCAUCUUCAUCAGCAUCAACUGCUGCAAGAAUGGCUCCUAGGCCUUUACUUCUUGAAGACGCGCCUCACCGUUACAUGCCUACUCCAGCUCAUCAAUCUCUCAUGCUCAAACAAAACAGAGUAGAUUCCAUGCUCAAAAGGAUGAACAAGCUGGGGAAGAAGGCUGACAAAUUCGCACAUGGAAUCCGCGAACAUGUGAAACUUGGGAACAAGAUCAGCGAGACCUUGAAAGGCAAGUUAACUUUGGGGGCAAGGAUUCUGCAAGUAGGUGGUGUGAAGAAAGUUUUCAGGCAAUUCUUCAGUGUGAGUGAAGGGGAAAGGCUAUUGAAGGCAUGCCAGUGCUAUUUGUCGACAACAUCAGGUCCAAUUGCUGGACUCUUGUUCAUUUCAACGCACAAGCUCGCCUUCUGCAGCGAGAGAUCGAUUCAGCUGUCGUCGCCAGAGGGGAAAUCGAUUCGGGUUCACUACAAGGUUGUUAUCCCAUUGGAGAAGAUAGAGCGGGUCAAUCAAAGCGAGAACGCGAAGAAGCCGUCGCAAAAGUAUAUGGAGGUGGUGACGGUGGAUGGGUUCGAUUUCUGGUUCAUGGGUUUCUUGAGUUACAAGAAAGCUUUCAAGUGUGUUGAGCAGGCAAUGACGGCUACUUCAACAUGAUUUCUCCACUCGUUGAAGCUUAGUGUAGACUUUGUUUCAUGUUGAUAUGCAAUGAAGAUUGAAGAGGACAUAGUUAGUGAGGGGAUUAGAGCCCACAAAUGUAAAGAGUUUAAGCUGUAAAUUAGAUUUAACAUCCCUUGCGCGGGGAUGAUGAUUGAAUUAAGCCAACACGGUUUGAUUGAACGACAACAAAAAGGUUUUUCUCAUCUUAUGUUGUGGCAACAUCUUAUGGUAUUUGUUCAAGUUGUUGGAAAUCGAACUGCGAGUUUUUUAGUACAUUUGAAACGGAAAGCAACAAAUAUAAAGAGUCUAUUAUGAAUAUCAAGACAUGGUACAAAUUAUUUUCUCACAAUCUUCAUGGAUUAACGUUUCUACAUCAAAUGGAGGGUAGGCUCACAUAAUGUCACUCGCAUUUUGCACAACUAUGUUUUCAUUCGACUGGUGAAUCAUCUACCCGAACUCAUUCUCCAAGGGUAUGAGAUAUAUAGACAAUUCCAGUUCACGAUGGAUGAAUAAAUGACAAUCUUGCAU